GAUUCCUGUAGCACCGAACUAACAGAGAACCACUACAUAUACAUGUCAAGAGAUACUCGAUCAAGGUCGCCGCCAAGACGACCAUCUCAUAGAGAUCGGUACAAUUAUAGAAGCUCAAAAUUUUACGAUCGCUAUGACGAUCGUCGAAGUUCCAAUUACGGUCACCAAAGUAGAUCGGAUUAUCAUAGAUCCCAUUCUAUACGAAGGAAUAAUAGAGAGGAUAGCUGGAAGCAUGAUCGGUACAAUUACGAUGAUAAGAAUGAAAGAAGAAGCGAGACUACCCUUCCUAGCAGGAGCUCUCAUCCUUCACGGUAUAAUGCUACCUCGACUUUAGAAGAUUCCUCUCGCAGGCCAAACUAUGUAACUGCUUCUGAAAAAAAUUCUGAAGAGAGAAAAGAACAGGAGCGUCUUCCAAGGAGAUCUCGGUUUGACCAGCCUGCCAAAACAGAACGCCCACCGCCUCCUCCUUCAGCAGAAACAAAUGACUCGUCUGAAUUUAUACCUACCAUUAAUAAGCCCCGUGUUUCUGAUGAAGACAAAAAACCCGAAGAUAAGGUAUCAGCUUCUCCGACAAAUCCGCCUCUUGAUCCCAAAAUCCAAACACGAUUGGAAAAAGUACGUGCUUGGAAGGAAUCAAAAGCUGCACAGUCUGUUAAUAAGAAAGACUCAACCGCUGCAAUUAAGCCUCCUCAUAAUCUUUUGCAAACCGACAAAAACGCUAUGCCUUCUAAGGGGAUCUCGGGGUUUGAACUAGGACGCUUGAACAACAACAAUAAAGAGCCCAAAAGAAUAAAUCGCGUGCAUAUGGAUGAUGACGAUGCACCCAGACGACUGAAUUUGCAAGAUUACGAAGACUUAUGGGAUAAAGAAGACAGGGAAGGCAUACAAGCUAGCUCAAACCCAACUGCCAUGGACGAAGAUGAGGUUGACCCUUUAGAUGCUUAUAUGGAAUCGCUUGUUGGCUCUACUGAUACAGUUCGACCAGGUUUAUUGAACACUGAGGUCAUUGACUCUCAUGCAAACGAAGAUGAACGUACAAUUAAAUCAGAAACUUUGGAAGAAGAGGAGAACUUGCUCGCUCUUGCCGCUAAGCGAUCAAAGAAAAAAGAUGUAAUAAGUGUAGAUCAUUCGAAAAUGAAUUAUGAAGAUUUUCGAAAAGAUUUCUAUGUUGAGCCUGAAGAACUCAAACAUCUUACUCCUAGAGAAGUCGAUGAAUUGCGUGCUUCCUUAGAAGGCAUCAAAGUUCGUGGUAUAGAUUGCCCUAAACCUGUCACCAGCUGGAGCCAAUGUGGAUUAUCCGCCCAAACGAUGGAUGUAAUACGAGGCCUUGGUUACGGAAACCCAACAUCCAUUCAGUCUCAAGCAAUUCCGGCUAUUUCAUCCGGAAGAGAUGUUAUAGGCGUGGCUAAGACGGGUAGUGGUAAAACAAUUGCUUUCCUUCUUCCAAUGUUCCGACAUAUUCGAGAUCAGCGGCCGUUGAGGAAUGGUGAGGGCCCUAUAGGUAUUAUCAUGACCCCGACGCGUGAAUUAGCUGUUCAGAUUCAUAGAGAAUGCAAACCUUUUGCAAAAGCUUUGAAUUUAAGGGCUGUCUGUGCAUAUGGAGGUGCGCCUAUUAAAGAUCAAAUUGCAGAGUUAAAGCGUGGAGCAGAGAUUGUUGUGUGCACACCUGGUAGGAUGAUUGAUGUUUUAAGUGCCAAUCAAGGACGGGUAACUAACUUACAUCGCUGUACUUAUUUGGUAUUGGAUGAAGCUGACCGUAUGUUUGAUUUGGGAUUUGAACCACAAGUAAUGCGGAUAAUAAAUAACGUUCGCCCUAACCGGCAGACAGUUCUGUUUUCUGCUACAUUUCCAAGGGCAAUGGAAGCUUUAGCUAGGAAGGUGUUAAAGAAGCCAAUAGAAAUCACGGUCGGAGGAAGAUCCGUCGUAGCCUCUGAGGUUGAACAGAUUGUUGAGGUUCGCUCUGAAGAAUCAAAGUUUAUGCGCCUUUUGGAACUUUUGGGUGAACUAUAUAAUACAAAGGCAGAUGUCCGAACUUUAGUGUUUGUCGAUAGACAAGAAGCUGCUGAUGCUUUGUUCGCUGAUUUAAUGAAACGUGGGUAUACCAGCAAUUCAAUUCAUGGAGGAAAGGAACAAAACGAUCGCGAUUCUACGAUUAGUGAUUUUAAGGCAGGUGUUUUUGACGUUUUAAUAGCUACCAGCGUAGCUGCCCGUGGUCUAGAUGUGAAAUCAUUACAACUUGUUGUGAACUAUGAUUGUCCUAAUCACAUGGAGGAUUAUGUGCAUCGAGUUGGUAGGACGGGUCGUGCUGGUCAUACCGGCGUUGCUGUUACAUUCAUUACUCCAGACCAAGAAAAAUAUGCUGUUGAUAUUGCAAAAGCUCUGCAAUUAAGUAAACAGCAUGUUCCUGAUGAGUUGCGAAAACUAGCACAGCAAUUCCUUGAAAAAGUCAAAGCUGGUAAAGAAAAGGCUGCUGGUGGUGGUUAUGGAGGUAAAGGUCUGUCUCGCUUAGAUGAAACAAGAAAUGCAGAGCGUAAAAUGCAAAGAAAGGCCUACGGCGAAGAUGUUGAAGAAGAACAAGUCGAAGAGGAGCACGCUCCUUUGGAGAAACUGCCUGCUGAAAAGUCUACUGGUGAUUUUACACUUGAUAGAGUUCGAGCAGCAAUCGGUGGUAUUACUGCUCGAGCAUUAAGUGGUCAAAAUGGACAAGCAAAUAAGUUGACACAACCCAUCUCCAUCAUCAAAAGUGAUACGGAUGAGUUUAAAGCGAAGAUGGAAAUUAAUGAUUAUCCUCAGCAAGCAAGAUGGGCUGUUACGAACAAUGCAAAUAUUAUGCAUGUAACAGAAUUGACUGGAACGAGUAUUACGACGAGGGGUAACUUUUAUCUUCCAGGGAAAAAUCCAGAAGCCGGCGAGGAGAAAUUGUACCUGUGGAUCGAAGGGCCAUCUGAAUUGGUUGUUAGUCAAGCUGUCACUGAGCUCAAACGCUUGCUUUUAGAGGGUGUUGAACAUAGCCUCGAAGGGUCCAGCAAGGCUGCUCCUACCGGGCGUUAUACAGUUGUUUAAUUUACCUUUAUUUAAUUUUGUAUAGUAAUAGUCUUGUUUCAGAUAAAUAAAAAGGGAAGGUUCUUGAGUACAAAGAAAUACCGAAUCCGAUAAAGAUGGUUUCAUUAUAUUACUUUUGAUAGAAUAGAGCAAUUGAUAACCAUCCGA